UUUUGAUUGUAACGAAUAUUAACGAAUUGUGGUUAUUUUACUUCAAGAUACUUAUUUAUUAUCCUUAUUUAUUGUGCAAUUUUAAACCUUAUUUAUUAUUUAUAACUUUAUGAUUUUGUUAAAGAUUUUAUUACAUACCUUCAUUUGUAAAGGAUUAUUCUAAUAAGAGGAAUAUAUAUGGAGAAUAAUGCUAAGUCAAGCAUGGAAGAGGAAGGAACCAAAUCCUACCUGCAGUUUCAAAUAGAAAGACUGAAAGCCUUACAAGCGAAACUAUCAACGGAAGCCGAAGAAGAUUACGUUAUCGUCAAAGAGGAACAACGUAGCGGGUAUGAUUCCGAGUCGAGUGAGUAUUCAGAGGACUCAGCGGCGUACGAAGAUGUGCCGGCUUCAACCAAAAGCUCUGGGCCGAGGAAGAAUAUUAAUAGGGGGAGGUGGACGAAGGAGGAGGACAAAGUCCUCAAAAUGUACGUUAAAAUGUACAACGAGAACUGGGAUAUGAUAGCCGCCCAGUUCUCAGACAGAUCUGACGUCCAGUGUCAACAGCGGUGGACAAAGGUCGUAAACCCUGAACUAGUCAAAGGCCCUUGGACGAAAGAGGAGGAUGAAAAAGUAACGGAGUUAGUUGCUAAGUUCGGUCCAAAGAAAUGGACAUUAAUCGCGAGGCAUCUGAAGGGCAGGAUAGGAAAACAGUGCAGAGAACGCUGGCACAACCACUUGAAUCCUUCAAUAAAGAAAUCCGCUUGGACGGAACACGAAGAUAGAAUCAUAUACCAAGCUCACAAACAGCUCGGCAACCAGUGGGCUAAAAUAGCUAAGUUACUGCCAGGCAGGACAGACAACGCGAUAAAGAAUCAUUGGAACUCAACAAUGAGGAGAAAAUAUGAGCCUGAGCUGUUAGAUAGUUUUGAGAACAUUAGAAAGAAGAGAAAGAGAUACGAUGGACCGGAGGACCGAAGGGUUACUGUCGCUUAUAAUGACUCGAAUUGGUCGGAUCCAUUCAAUGAAUCGACUCAAAGCAACUCAUCAAACACAAGUCAGCCUUCGAAACAAGUUUUGCAUUUCCGACAAUUACUAAAGGAUCAAUUAAAUAAUUUACAACAACAAAUACCCAAGUCUCCAGAUAGAGGAGGCUUGGUACCUGCGGAUACCGUGGAAAUUAUUGAAUCACCCUACGAGUAUAUAAACAUCAAUACACUUCCAAUGAAUUCUCCUAUUAAAAAUUUACUAAGUCAGACUUCUACAACCGAUAACAGUGAUCAAAGCACAGUAACGUAUUCUAUGCAAGAAACAGCCAAAGAGAUAAUCGUACCGUCUAUGUUUUCUCCUAAGAAAUGUGAUACAAACAGUCCACCUCCGAUAUUGAGGAGAGGAAAAGUUAAGAAGCAACAGACUUUAACGCCUAAUCCUAAUACUUGGUCAGAGACAGUAUCGAAGGCCCUCGAAGGCGCAACACCGAUAAAAGCUUUGCCAUUCAGUCCAUCGCAAUUUCUCAAUUCUCCGGCCGGUUUAUCGUUUCCUGCCUUUGAUUCUACUCCACUAAGACAUGAUAGUAAUAAGGAGCUGGGAGUAACUCCAUUACUGCAUACGCCUACACCGGCGAGUAUUACACCCGGUGGGAGUCAGCUUAAGAGUAACACUCCCAAAACACCGACACCAUUUAAAAUCGCAAUGGCAGAAAUCGGUAAAAAGUCUGGACUUAAGUACGAGCCUUCUAGUCCUGGGUUGUUAGUUGAAGAUAUAACUGAAAUGAUACAGAGGGAAGGAAAUUCAGAAAGCACGGUGCAAUUAAACGACUCGAUGUUGUCUUGCACUGCUCAGGAACAAGAGGUGAACGACUCCGGCAUCGGCAGCGGGCGGCGCGGCGAGCGCGGCAAGGAGAACGUGCCGGCCAAGCGGGCGCGCAAGGCGCUGGCGCACAGCUGGGCCGCCACCAGCACGCCGCAGCACCGCCGCGUGCCCGACGUGGCCUUCUGCGUCGAGACGCCGAGUAAAACCUUAGUAGGCGACAAUUCAGUACUCUUCUCGCCGCCUUCAAUCGUGAAGCACUCGCUUCUAGAAGAAUCGACCAGUCUUCACAGCCUCGUGAGCGCUGAAAACACACCCGAACCGAUAAAGUACGAGGAAAUCGAAAUCGAAAAUACGGAAAAACCCAAGAUUCGAAGGCUGUCAGGUGAACCGCUGGUUGUAAAGAAGUCGGCGGUUCGUUCUAUCAAAUUUGAUCAAGAUAUUGCAGAGGAAGUGAGCAAUGAGAAGCCUCUUAUAUUGACUGACAACAAAUGGGAGACAUUCGCAUGCGGUAAGACUCAGGAUCAGCUCGAUUUAACAUUGUUAGCUCAUCAAUAUUUAAGGAAAACUGCGUUGAAACCGCGCUCAUUAAACUUUUAAAACUUCAAAAUGAAGUUUUUAUCAUUGUGUUACUAAUAUGAAUGCAAAAAACGGCAUUUUUUUUUUAUAAAAUUGUAAAUUACAUAUCUAAAAUAUUGCUAUAUAAAUUUAGGCAGUGCUUACUUUGAUUAUUAGUAUUGCUAUUGUAUAAAAUUGCAUGCUCAACCUUUAAUUUUCUGAUAAUUCUAUUACGAAAUUGUGUAUCUGUUACAAAAAAAAAAUCUUGCAAUAUUUUUUUACCUCUAUGAAAUUAAAUACA